AUGACUGUAACAUAUUCAGCUGAUGUUAGUACUGUUCGAUUUACCACUUUUGGCAAAUUAAUUUUCAGAUGGCGAGGUAGCAUUUGGAAAUCAAUUUUCAACGAGCUUGUUAUAUGGAUGAUUGCCUAUGCUUGUCUUUCUAUACUAUACAAUUUUAUAUUACCAGAAAGUUACAGAAGAAUUUUUGAAAAUGUAUGCCGUUUAUUUACAAAAUAUACCGAUGUAAUGCCAUUAACAUUUAUGCUUGGCUUUUUUAUCAAUAUUGUUGUUAAUAGAUUUUGGAAUUCAUUACAUAAUAUUGGUUGGAUUGAUACAUUAGCUUUAUAUAUAUGCAAACAUAUUUCCGGGAAUGAUGAUCAUGCUCGAUUGUUACGACGCAAUAUAAUUCGUUACUUACUUUUUUAUCAAGUACUUGUAUAUCGUGAUAUCAGUGAAGUAAUACGUCGAAGAUUUCCUUCAUUGGAAACAUUGGUAACAGCCGGUUAUGUAACAGAAAUUGAAUUAAUACAAUUUAAUGCGAUUGUUUCAACAAAUCGCAAAUAUUGGGUACCAAUUCUUUGGGCAAUGGGUUUAGCACGACGUGCACGACGUGAAAAACGUGUUGAUAGUCCGCAAGCAUUGCAAGAUAUUUUUGAUAAAAUAAAUUCAUUUCGAUCACAAUUAUCGAAAUUAAUUAUUAUGGAUUGGGUACCAAUACCAUUGGUUUAUUCACAAGUGAUGUGUUUAACCGUUCGAUUGUAUUUUUUACUUGCAUUAAUGGGACAUCAAAAUAUUGCACCAUCAUCUGAUGUUAAUUACAUUGAUACAAUUAACACGCAUAUACCGUUCAUAUCAAUGUGUCAGUUCAUAUUUUAUAUGGGUUGGAUGAAAGUUGCUGAAGUUUUGAUGAAUCCAUUUGGUGAUGAUGAUGAUGACCUGGAAAUUAAUUGGCUUAUUGAUCGUAAUUUGCAGGUUGGUAUGACAAUAGUGGAUCAAAUAUGGGAACCACCAUUGAUUAAGGAUCAGUUCUGGAUGUUGAAAACACCGGGACCAAUGUAUAGUGUUGAUGCGGUUAAUGAACGAUACAAUCCGCAAACUGGAUCAGUUUCAAGCACUAACUACCGAAGAACAAGUACACAAAUGAUAAUGAAGGAAAUGCUAGAUCUAAAUUCGGAUAGUGAUUUACCAAGUAGUGAAUAUGAUGGUGGAAGGAGAAAUUCUGUAUUAAGUACGACAGUAAGCGAUAUUCGUAAUGCAUUUAAACGACGGUUAACACGUCUUACAUCACGUGUUGAAUCUGCAACUGAUGCUGAAUCAUCUGUAUUAGAUGAAACAAACAUAAAAAUACAAGACCAUAUUUCAUUGCCACAACAAGAACAACAACGACAACAACAACAACGACAACAACAACAACAACAACAACAACAUGAACGUCAUGAAUUAAGUAUACUUCAUGAAGAGGAUGAAAAUCGAAAACAUAGUUAUGGACAGGAUAGUAAUACGAGACAAUCACCAAUGGUAAACGAUCAAAGUGAUAAUAAAAGAUUGCAAAAGAGAUAUUUAAAAAGGAAAGGACGAAAAUUACGAAAAAGAAUGAAUGAAAUUGAGAAUGAAAAAAUGCAAAAGGAAAAGGAAAAUAAUUCAAUAAAUUCAGAAGAAAUUAGUUAUGAUGGUGAUGAUGAGGUGAGUAUAUGUUAG